CUUGUGUCUCGAGCGUUUGAGAGGAGAGAGUGUUGGCUGCACCCAGCGCAUCCCCAGCACAGGAGCAGCACCAGCAGCACGGGCUGAACCACUAGCGGCCCGCGGGGGGGAACAGUACGCGUUUCUGUAUUUACACAACACCCUAUAUGCGGAUGUCCGAACAUCAGAGGGAAAAGCAUCGCUCAGGAGAAUAUUGACUCUGAUUCAGCCGGGGGAAAAAGGGAACUUAUACCCCCUUCGCCCUCAUCUAGAGAGUGGGAGCGCCCACCUUAUCUGCCCCAGCAGCUCACCUGUCAGCCGGGAGGCUUCUUCUCCACCUGAUCGUGCGACAUGAUCCUCCAGCCAAGUGCACUUGUCUGUCUCUCCAGCUUGUGGGGUGUCAUCGUACAAGCGGCUUCUCCGAGAAACAAACAAAAACCAAGCCAAGGGCAGUUUCCAGUCACACAGAAUGCUACAGUUGUCGAAGGAGGAACAAUCAACUUGACCUGCCGAGUUGAUCAAAAUGAUAACACCUCCCUCCAGUGGUCCAAUCCAGCUCAGCAGACCCUGUACUUCGAUGACAAAAAAGCCUUGAGGGACAACCGCAUUGAGCUGGUUAGAGCUUCCUGGCAUGAACUUAUUAUAAGCAUUAGUGACGUGGCUCUGUCAGAUGAAGGACAGUACACCUGCUCUUUAUUCACUAUGCCUGUCAAAACUUCCAAGGCUUUUUUAACAGUUUUGGGUGUCCCUGAAAAUCCUCACAUUACUGGUUUUACAUCACCCACAAUGGAAGGAGAAAUAAUUCAGCUUACAUGUAAAUCAUCCGGGAGCAAACCAGCAGCAGAUAUCAGAUGGUUUAAAAAUGACCAAGAAAUCAAAGGUAUGCGGAAAAUCAAAGAACAGGACAACAAUGGGAAGACUUUUACCGUAAUCAGCUUUCUGGAUUUUCAAGGAGACCGUAGAGAUGAUGGCGCUAUCAUAAGGUGCAGAGUGGACCAUGAAUCUUUAAACUCCACACCACAGAUUGCAAAGCAAGUUUUAGAAAUUCAUUAUACUCCGACUGUGAGGAUCUUGCCCUCCACUCUACUUCCACAAGAAGGGCAGCCGCUGAUAUUGACUUGUGAAUCAAAAGGAAAGCCACUACCGGAGCCUGUUUUAUGGACCAAGGAUGGUGGAGAACUUCCAGAUCCAGAAAGGAUGACUGUUAAUGGACGAGAGUUAACAAUAAGUUUCUUAAACAAAACUGAUAAUGGCACAUAUCGAUGUGAAGCCACCAACUCCAUUGGACAAAGCAGUGCGGAAUAUGUCUUGAUAAUAAACGAUGUACCAAAACCUUUAUUUCCAACCACAAUCAUCCCCCUUUUCACCUCUGCAACAGUCAAAACCACUGUAGCCAUGUCAAUCCGUACAACAAAAUCUGACUUCAUCACCAAAGAUCCUAAUGCGUUGCCUGGACCAGUUGCAACUGACCAUGCCCUGAUAGGUGGAAUAGUAGCUGUAGUUGUAUUUGUUACACUGUGCUCAAUUAUCCUGCUUGGAAGAUACUUGGCAAGACAUAAAGGGACAUAUUUAACAAAUGAAGCUAAAGGAGCUGAUGAUGCCCCCGAUGCAGACACGGCCAUUAUAAAUGCAGAAGGCAGCCAAGUUAACGCAGAGGAGAAGAAAGAAUAUUUCAUUUAAAUGCAAACCUGGUUAUACAGAGUUUAAGUUAUCAGGCUGACUGCUGGAGAAAACUGGCUAUCACCUUUCAGAGUUCAUUUCUGCCAUCUUCCUGUGCAUAUUAUUAACUUCUGCUAUCAAUAGCCAGCUUAUGCCAACAAUCAGCUGUUGACAGCCACCACGGUUUGAUUCAUAAUGCCGGACUUUUCUUACCGCUUAAACCCUUGUCCAUUUCUUUGUUCACAUCCAGUUAUACAGUGCUUGAAUAUACAGCCUUAACAAGUCUCCUCGCUGGCAUUCUCCAUUCUUUGUUUUCUAUGUUUACAAAGAAAUACUUCCAGGCUGCCCUUUUUAUAUUUUUUUUUUUCUGUUUUUUUUGGCACACUCUAAAAUAUAUAGGUAGGAAUGUAUAAUUCUAUAUGUAUAUACUGUAUGUGUAUGGGGAAAGUCAGCACUUCUCAUUGAAAAGGUUGAAUGUCCAAGUGCACUGCCAGUAAUCGAUAUGUAUCUGAAGCAGAAUGACUCAAAGGACUGAAUGAAUAGGAUUUAUUGGAUUGUGACCAACAUUUUAGUCUUGUUUAGCAGCCUUCCUCAAAAAAAGAACAGAACUGUUGACCACAAUCACUUAUUACAAUAUACAUAUUUUUGGGGGUGUGUCAUACCUUCAGUAUAAUUGGUACAGACCUGAUUAGAUUCAAUUCUAUUUUAUUAUGAUCAAUGCUUUAUUCAUUCUCUGUAUCUCAGAACAAUAUGUUUAUGACUUGCACAUAUAAUGGGUUAGAGGACGGAUCUGAGAAGCUUUACCAUAGUUAAAGGAGAAGGAAAGUUACCAAGGCAGUUUAUUGCCAAUAGAUUAAUCACAAUAGUGCAAGCUAGAAC